AUGAGUAAGGCUCAGAUUGACGGGGUCAGAAACAAAGUUACAACUGCGUCUGGUUUGCUCCCAGCCAGGUCUUUAGACAAACUGUACAACUUUGCCGAGUGUGCUGGUCUGCAUCUGGUCCUUGGGCUCAACGCCCAGCAGAGAAACCCUGACUCCUCCUGGAACUCCUCCUCAGCACUCAGCCUCCUCAAAUACAGCGCCGGGAAGAAAUACAACAUCUCCUGGGAACUGGGCAACGAGCCUAAUGGCUACCGUAGCAUGAUGGGUCAGACAGUGAACAGUACCCAGCUAGCCCAGGACUACACCCUGCUGAGAACGUUACUGCAGUCUGUACGCUACUAUAGCCGAGCACACCUCUUGGGCCCGAAUGCUGGACGACCACGCAAAAACGCCAUUCUGCUGCUCGAUGGGUUCAUGAAGAACGCCGGUUCUGUUGUGGAUGCUGUAACGUGGCAACACUACUACAUGGAUGGCAGAGUGACCAAAGUAGAGGACUUUCUGAAGACGCGCCUGCUGGACACCCUGACCCAACAGAUCACCAAAGUACUCAAGGUAGUGAAUAGCCAUGCACCUGGUAAGAAGGUGUGGUUGGGGGGAGUAGGUCCGGCGUGGGCUGGAGGAACCAAUAACCUCUCUGAUACCUAUGCUGCUGGCUUUCUGUGGCUGAACACUCUGGGCAUGGCAGCGGUGCAGGGGAUUGAUGUUGUCCUACGACACUCGUUCUUUGACUAUGGAUACACACACCUCGUAGACCAGCACUUUAACCCACUACCGGACUACUGGUUGUCCCUGGUGUUCAAGCGUCUGGUCGGUCCCAGGGUGUUGGCAGUGCGGGUAGCAGGCUUGCAGAGGAAACCACGACCAGGGAGGGUUAUACGAGACAAACUACGGAUCUACGCACAUUGUACCAGCUUCCACAAUCGUAACUACGUGAGAGGAUCCAUAACGAUCUAUAUCAUCAACCUGCAUCGGUCGAGGAAGAAAAUCAAGCUGGCGGGAACCUUACGUAACAUGACUGUCCAUCAGUACCUGGUACAGCCCUAUGGGACAGACGGACUUCACGCCAGGUCAGUCCAGUUGAACGGAGAAAGGUUGUUGAUGGUGGACAAUGAGACAUUUCCGGAGUUGAAGCCUCGGACGCUGCGGGCGGGAAGGACAAUAGCCAUGCCCCCUAUGACCAUCGGCUUCUACGUCAUCAAGAACAUCAACGCCUACGCCUGCCGCAAAUAAUACUCAACACACUCCUCCUCACCCUUCACCCCGAAAUCCUUCACCCUCCCCCCACACUCCUCACCCCUAGCCCUCAUCUCUCCUCACCCCUCACCACUCCCACCAUUUCCUAAUACCGGACCACCUCCUCACCCCUCACCACCCCCACCAUUUCCUAAUACCGGACCACCUCCUCACCCCUCACCACCCCCACCAUUUCCUAAUACUGGACCACCUCCUCACCCCUCGCUCCACUUAUCCUUACUUCCUAGCCCUCAUCCCUCCUCACCCCUCGCUCCACUUCUCCUUACUUCCUAGCCCUCAUCCCUCCUCACCCCUCGCUCCACUUCUCCUUACUUCCUAGCCCUCAUCCCUCCUCACCCCUCACUCCACUUCUCCUUACUUCCUAGCCCUCAUCCCUCCUCACCCCUCACUCCACUUCUCCUUACUUCCUAGCCCUCAUCCCUCCUCACCCCUCGCUCCACUUAUCCUUACUUCCUAGCCCUCAUCCCUCCUCACCCCUCACUCCACUUCUCCUUACUUCCUAGCCCUCAUCCCU